AUGCACGCACCGUCCCCACGCGGCGCUCCCCCGGACGCGCACUCCGUCGAGCACCUUCCCCACGGCGGCCCCCUCCUCCACCGCCUCCUCCCGGCGUGCGCCACCGUCCCCUCCCUCCGCGCCCUGCACGCGCGCCUCCUCGCGCACGGCCUCCUCCGCGCCCUCCGCGCCCGCACCAAGCUGCUCAGCUGCUACGCGGCGCUGGGCGACCUCGCCUCCGCGCGCAGGGUGCUCGAUGAAACCCCCCGCCCUGACCCCUACACCUACAGGGUCGCGCUCGGGUGGCACGCCGCCGCGGGGCGGCACGCGGAGGCCGUCGCGCUCCACCGGGGCAUGCGGCGGCGGUGCCCCGAGGCGCAGGACGACGUCGUCCUGCUGUCCCUCGCGCUCAAGGCCUCCGUCAGGUCGGCCGACUUCCGCUACGGCAGGCGGCUGCACUGCGACGCCGUCAAGGCCGGUGGCGCGGACGGGUUCGUGAUGAACUGCCUGGUCGACAUGUACGCCAAAGCCGGCGACCUGGAGAACGCACGCAAGGUGUUCGACAGGAUCCUUAGCCGUAACGUGGUGUCGUGGACGUCGAUGCUCAGCGGCUGCCUGCAGAAUGGUCUCGCCCAAGAAGGACUGGCGCUGUUCAACGAGAUGAGGGAAGAGCGUAUGCUGCCGAGCGAGUACACGAUGGCGAGCGUGCUCACGGCUUGCACCAUGCUCAGCAGUUUACACCAAGGGAGAUGGGUUCAUGGGUCAGUGAUCAAACAUGGUAUGGUCUUUAACCCUUUCGUUACUGCAGCGAUGCUGGAUAUGUAUGUCAAGUGCGGACAGCUAGAGGAUGCUCGGCGGUUGUUUGAUGAGCUCGGUUUUGUUGACCUUGUUCUCUGGACGACGAUGAUCGUGGGGUAUACGCAGAAUGGGAGUCCUCUUGAUGCAUUGCUUCUGUUUGCUGGCAAGAAAUUUGUGCGCAUUGUUCCUAAUUCGGUGACCAUAGCAACUGUUCUUUCAGCUUCCGCUCAGUUGCGCAACUUGUCUCUGGGAAGGUUGAUUCAUGGGAUGUCAGUUAAGUUAGGUGUGGUUGAGAAGGAUGUGGUGAUGAAUGCGCUGGUAGAUAUGUAUGCAAAGUGUAAAGCAGGGUCAGAGGCCAAUGGGAUAUUUGGAAGAAUUUCGAACAAGGAUGUUGUCACAUGGAAUUCAUUGAUUGCUGGCUAUGUUGAGAAUGACAUGGGCAAUGAAGCUCUAAUGCUAUUUAGUCAGAUGAGGGUGCAGGGUUCUUCUCCUGAUGCCAUCUCCGUAGUGAACGCCUUGUCAGCCUGUGUUUGUUUUGGGUGA